GGAAGAGUCUACCGUGUCAAGGGGAGGUUCCCUCUGCAGGACCCAUGGUGGGAGUUCAGCGUGGAAUGUCGUCGUGUAGGCAACAUGUACUUCACGACUGGCUGUCCCGAGUACCGACUCAACCAGAACCCUGACGAGAACCUGAUCCAACUCUUCCUGACGAAAUGUGGAGUUGAAGAACAGUACAGAAAAGCAUUUCAAGAAUCUCUACAGAUGGAACCCCGGCUCAAGCAGAAGCCACUCAACUUUCAGAACCUGCGUGAAAUAGUGCAAGAAUAUGGCUCAUUAAAUGAGACAGCACAGGCAGUGGCAAUACAAAUGCUUAAAUGCAUAAAUGCUAUGGGUAAAGAAGAGGCCCAGGCGAUGGUAGCCCCCACUUUCCUGCGCUAUGGUCCCAAGCUGCUGCCCAAGAAGUUCUACGGACUUCUUCUGUCUUCAGAAGAGAGGCUGAAAGUCUUGGAGACAGUUACUGCACAUGAGCCAUGGAAGCUUGGCUUUGGGCCGAUCAUGUACCAGGAGCACCAGUUUAUCGGUGUCGAGGCCACGCUGGACGCCUUCAAACGCUGUGACCUUCUGAAGGAGUUCCCUCCAACUAAGAGGGACGCCAUCUACAUCUAUGACUUCAUCAAGUCCCAGUGUCGAAAGGCUGGCCAUACGUUUGUGGACAAGGAAUCCCUCCGCUUGCGAGACAACAAUACCUUGAAGUUUUUGGAGGAGAACAAGAUCACAGUUCAGCUAGAAGAGAAAGUCGCUUUGAAGCGGUACUACGACUACGAAAACAACAUCAGAGGUGGUAUUGAAACACUUCUUGCUAAAGACAAGAUAAGCAAGUGGGUGAUAGACUCUGCCAAUCUUGAAGGAGCCUUUGGAGAAGAUGAAGCCCAGAAGCAAGCAGCUGAGUUGAUCUGCAAGAACCCUGUCACUGUGCUGUCUGGGAAAGGUGGGUGUGGGAAGACGUACGUGGUCAGCGAGGUGUUCAAAGUCGCACACAGGCAGAUUCACCAGGCUGAAAAGCAAACAGAAGAGCGUAUGAACGAGACCGCAGAUUCCCGUUUGAACAGUCUGUCUGGGCAGGGAAACAGCGAGGCAGACCAGGAGGCCAUUGGAGGUGAAAGCAUGCCAGAGAGUUCCAAGUCAGGAGCCAUAACAAGUCCAUCUCCACACUCUACAAGCUUGAGCCAACACAGAAAUGAUGAGGAAGAGGAAGCGACCAGGAUCCUACUGACCGCUCCCACAGGAAAAGCCGCCCACCUUCUCGGCAAGCGUACAGGCCUGAAGGCGUACACGCUACACCAGGUGAUCUGGUCCUACAGACACUUGAAGCCCGGUGAUGAAUGGCGCUUCAAGCACGUGCGAGCGCUGGUUGUUGACGAGAGCAGUCUGGUAUCAGUACAGACCUUCUCCACCCUGUUCGAUAUCCUGCUGAAGCACACCUGCCUACAGAAGCUGGUGCUGCUGGGAGAUGUGGACCAGCUGCCCUCCAUAGAGCCGGGCAACUUCCUCACCAACAUGUACCACUCCCUGGCUCCCAUUGGCUGGAGCAUCGAGCUGAAGACCAAUCACAGAUCAGAGUCCAGGCUGAUUGUUGACAACGCAAAGCGGAUCUCACAGCGGAAGCUGCCUCGGUUUGAUGCAGAAAGGAAUUUUCAUGAGGUCCCAGUUGAGGGGGAGGAACAUUUAAGCAGUACUGUGACUGAUCUUCUGAAGAAAGGCUGUGCAAAGGACCACAAGUCUUCACAGUUUGUCGCCUUCAGAAGGAAGGACUGCAACAUCAUCAAUGAAGUCUGCUGUAAGCACUACUCUGGACACUGCACGAAAGCCAAAAACCGCAGCUUGUUUCAGGUAGGAGACAAGGUGUGCUGUACUAAAAAUGCCAACAUCAGUGUGGACCCUUCAGAGGGACUGUCGGACACUGUGAGACUGUGCAAUGGGGAGAUCUUCUUCAUCACAGAUGACACAGAAUGUAUCUCAGAGAAAGGCCAGAAAAGACGCUGGCUGACCUUGGAUGACCUUGAGAGGCAAAUCAAGGUCGACUACCAUGAGCUUAAGUCCAAAGGAGGACUGAAGCAUGCGUGGGCAAGAACCAUUCACACCUAUCAGGGUUCUGAGUCGGACACGGUGCUGUAUGUUGUCGGGGCUCCCUGCUGGUACCAGAACUGGCAGCACGUGUACACGGCCGUGACUCGCGGAAGAAAGGCAGUGUAUGUGAUAACGUCCCGCAGCUCACUCAGCCAGUCUGUGCAGAAACCACCCAUCCAAAGGAAUACACUCCUGCACAACUUCCUGGACAAGCUGUUGAAGCCAUUGAAGACCAGAAGAGGUUUUGUCACAGCACUUGGUACAGGUAGAGACAGUGGUGCUGGACCCAGUACUGCAACAGCUGAUGGAGACUUGGAGAGAUUCACUGCCAUUUCAGGUCCAGGGAUGGUCCUGGAGGAAGGGCAAGGGUCAUCCAGUCUUUUUACAGUACCCAAAAAUGCAGCCAGGCGCUCCCUGUUUGGAGAAGGUGGAAAAGCACAACCCAACAGGAGCACCGUACACCGCAAAUCUGGUCAAAGUGUGUCUUCACCUGCAGUACCAACAGGAACCACUAGUGGCACUGCAGAACCACUGCCACAGCCAGUGGUGAGUCCCCCCACAGUACCAUCAGCGGGAGGCAAAAGUGUGAGGUCACUGAAGCGAACAUCUGCAGUACCAACAGGAACCACUAGUGGUGCUGCAGAACCACUACAGCAGCCAAUGGUUAGUGUGUCCUCACCAAAGCGGACACUGGCUAAUGAAGACAGGGCGUUGACCCCCAGCACCCCAAGUAAGAUCCAGAAAAACGAUUUUUCCCGCGUCCUGCAGGCUACUCCAUCCAGCACCUUGAGCCAGCUCAGUCUAGCAAGCCCAAAUACUAAAUAGGCCAAGCAGUUAUUGUAACAAGUUGUCAACUUGAUAAACUUGGUAUUCUGGACAUCAUCUCAGUGCUGCAGGCCCGUCGCCUUAGGUGGUUUGGGCACGUUGAAAGAUCGAGUGACUGCAUUAAUAAGAUCACCAAACUGAAAGUGACUGGCAACAGAGGUCGUGGUAGACCUAGAAAAACCUGGAGGGACUGUGUCAGUAGGGACUUGAAGGAGUGCGGUCUGACAGGGGUCGACCCACUGGACAGAGCCAAAUGGAAGAGGAGUGUGAAGACUGGCCGACUGCUGCCUACCCCUGCGUCAGGGAACCCAGCAGCAGUAUAAUCUAACCAUGGAUAGUGAGUGAGUGUGAGUGAGUUGGCUGUAGUCAUCUUCUUGGGGGUAGAGCAGAAGUGUUGAGUAAUCAUUCCGGUACAAAACUGUUUUCUUCAUGGACCAGUCCAAUUCAAAUGGAUAAAAAAAAAUCAGUGGACCAAAUUUUGGAAUGAAUAGAAAAUGAACUCAUUUUAUCAGCUUGUGUCCAGCUUUUUGAGGCUUACCGAUCCAAGAAAAUAAUGACCAAAAUAGAGACAGAUACUCCACCAGACCAAUUUGUUUGACCACUGUUUUCGUAUCAUCCAUUCACAAGGUUUCAGACAAUCAGGUUCAGGUCUGGACCUGAUCGUCUAGACUUGAACUUGACCUGUACCUGAAAUUCUUGUACCAGUACCCUCCCCUAGCCACGAGAGUUACAUGUGGGCACCAUGAAACUUUGAAACUUUAUUCGAAAAUCCAUUAGUGACGUGCCCUAGGGCACGCCACUAAUCUUCCUGGACUUCAUACAUAUACACAGAUAACACAUACAGUGGACAAUAUUUACAAACAUAGUUAAAAACAGUCAUGAUAUAUACACAAUACGCAAGUUAUGGAACAGCCAAGAUCAUUUUUCCAUACAGGAGACCAGGUCACAGAGACCAGUUUUGAAUGACCUUGAAGAUAGGGCAGACUGUAGUGCUAUAGGUAGCCGAUUCCACAUAGAUGUUGCUCUAUACCUGAAAGUUCUUUUUAAGGAGUUUGUUCUAGGUUUGUCCAACUUGAAAGUUCUACCUGAAGCAAAACGAGUGCUGUAAUUGUGAUGUUUCUUAACAAAAGACAGUUUACUGCUGAGACAUACAGGUUCAUUGGUCAACACAAUUCUCCUGAAAGUAGUCAUAGUGUUCAAUAACAAUCUAGUGUUCACAGAUUUCCAUUUCGGUAUCAUCUGGAGGAGACGAUUAGCCUUAUUCUGUACUCUCUGUAGAAGAUUUAAGUUCCUCUUUGUUGUGCAAGACCACACUGGGCUACAGUAGUCAAUACGAGACAAUACCAGACAUUCAAUUACUGUGUUUAACAAUUUCUGAUCCAUAAACUUAGCACAUCUUUUAACCAUCCCCAGAGACCUGGCCAUUUUCUUUGAGGUAGACUUUGUUUGAG